ACGAAUGAAGCGGUCUGAAGCAACAGCUGCAGUGACUGCAGUAACACGCUCUCUGUUAGCGCUCACUGGUAGCGGCUCCUAAUUGCAGAGUUGCAGGUCCGCGCUGGAAAUGUAGGAGGAGAAGAGAUACACGUUCUAGCUUUUCUUUUCUUCUCUUUUAAUCUUGUUUUUGUUUUUGGGUCCAGUCACUCCGAUUUCCAUCAGACUAUGUUCCACCAGCUGGCGGAUCAAACGGUGAAUGGCAGCUGUCAGGGACCCACCUUAGCGUGCAAUAAGAGCGCAGAUGGAGACGCGCUCGAGCUUCCCACUUUCUCCACAGCAGCCAAAGUCAGAGUUAUCAUCACCUUCGCUUUGUGCGCGGUGUCGGCGGUAUGCAACCUGGCCGUGCUGUGGGCUGCCAGCAGCGGCGGCAGGCGCAAGUCACACGUCCGGAUCCUCAUCAUGAACCUCACGGUGGCCGACCUGCUGGUGACUUUCAUCGUGAUGCCGGUGGACGCGGUGUGGAACAUCACGGUGCAGUGGCAGGCGGGAGACGUCGCCUGCAGGCUGCUGAUGUUCAUGAAGCUGGUGGCGAUGUACUCCUGCGCUUUUGUGACAGUGGUCAUUAGUUUGGACAGACAGUCCGCCAUCCUCAAUCCGCUGGGAAUCAGUGAGGCCAAAAGGAAGAGCAAAGUCAUGUUGGCUGUGGCCUGGACCAUGAGUGUCAUCCUUUCACUCCCUCAGAUGUUUAUAUUUCGCAAUGUGACCAUCACGGUGCCAGAGAAGUUCACCCAGUGCACCACCCAUGGAAGUUUUGUCCAGCGCUGGCAGGAGACCCUUUACAACAUGUUCACGUUUGUGUGCCUCUUCCUUCUGCCUUUGGCCAUCAUGAUCUUCUGCUACACACGAAUCCUCAUUGAGAUAUCCAGCCGCAUGGCUCGGAAUAACUUCCUGUCAAGAGAUGUUCAUCUACGCCGAUCCCACAAUAACAUCCCUAAAGCUCGGAUGAGAACUCUUAAAAUGAGUAUUGUCAUUGUGACUUCAUUCAUCAUCUGCUGGACCCCGUACUAUCUGCUUGGAUUGUGGUAUUGGUUGUUCCCUGAAAAAAUGGAAAAGACAGUUUCGCAUUCACUGACUCAUAUGCUGUUUAUUUUUGGCCUUUUCAAUGCCUGUCUAGAUCCCAUCACCUACGGUCUGUUUACCAUUCAUUUUCACAAGGGUAUGAGGAGAUGCCAUCAAAGUUCAAACGCACGGACUGAAUUAGAAAACAACACUCGCCUUGUACAAAUGACUCGGCUGUCCUCUCGCAGGCAGAUUGCCUCAGAUGUUCACAGUGCAAGCACAGAGGUGGUAAGCGAAGGCAACAUCAUGAAGCGUGUCUCAAACCCAGACAUGUCAAUCAGCAAGAUAUGAUGGCUUAAAGAAUUCCAUAAAUGAAUGUGUUUUGCUCAAUGAAAUCUUUUUGUGUUAUAAAUCGGUUCAUGUUCCACCGAUAUAAUUGAUGUUGUAUUAUAGCUUACCUUGAGUUCAAUAAUCCUGUAGUUUCUCACACUUAAUGCAUCGAAUGCCUCUUACAUGAUCUGAAAUAGCACUACCACAUUUGCUGAGGGUGACUCAGUACAAACAGAUUGCAAGACAAUCUGUUUGUACUGAUUCACAGAGAACUCACUCAAUACAAACCGAUGAUACAUCAGCUUAAACUUGCCAUAAUCUCAACAUUUCAGGACCACUCUUAAUCAGAGUGGGGUUAAAGAUCAGCAUUUAUUAGCACUGAAUUCAUUUGAUAAACUCGACACUCAAAAUGACCAGAUUUUAAUUCUGCUAAUUUUUGGAUGCUGCUUGCUAAUAGAAUGACAUUGUUGGGGACCAAGCACACUUGGUCACACUCAGCAGGAUAAUUGUACAAAACCUUUGCAGUCCUGCUGGGACUGAAAAGAGUCUCUCUAGAAAUAAGAUGGUUGGGCAAGAAAGUGAAGUAGAGAUAAGAGUAGGAAAUGGGAAAUGACUUGGUGGUCUGUAAGGAUCCUGAUCUAGAUGAAACCAGCUUGAUUCAUGGAGGCCUAAUUUCAAUGAACCAAAAGAAAGUAAAUGAUCCAACCAUGCAUCCAUCUGUCCUUCCAACCAUCGGUUCAAUUAAUUCAGCAUUUCUGACAGGCCUGGAUCCUACCCUAACUAACAGAAUAUACUGUGAAUAGACUGGAGCCCUGUAAUUUAACCAGUAAGAAAUUCCCCGAAGGUUCUGUGUCCAUGGCCCAACAGUUCAGAUCUGUUUUGGCAGCACACUGGAGUAGUAAAUGUUUGUUUCUUUUAACACCUCUGCUAGUCAUCUUUUAUCGGACAUCUAAUUGCCCUUAAUUAGAUGUCAAUUAGAAAAGACAACCAUGAACUGAACAGGGCAGCUUUUUAACUAAAUGUUACUAAUGCUCUAUGUAUUAAAUGUGAGCCUAUGCAGCAUGUUGUUGAUGCUGACUGCAUGUCCAAAAUCAGUUCUGUGUUUAAUGUGCUGCACCAAAAUCUAACUCGAGUGAAGGCUUAUAAAACAUCUUUGAGGAGAGCCAUUUGGAUAUUUCACAUUAGUAUUAGUGUAAUCUGUGUUGCUUUCUGUGACUGAGAAAAGGCUAAAGAAAAUAUCUGGAUUUUGAAGCUUUGUAUUAAAAAGUUAUCAGUAAAUCAGACCUCACAUAAACCUUUGCUCCCUCAAAAAAAAGUGGUCAUUAGUAAAUGUUUUCAUGGAGCUGCUUCUGUUCUGCAAGAUGUUGUAAUGUGAAUGUAUUUAUGUGUUUAUUUAUUGAAUAAACAUUUCUGCUUUU